AACUCCGACGAGGCUCGCCGAUAACCAAAGAGGGUAAAUAAAGAAAUCUCUCUUUUGCUUUUCUUCGACAACGUUUAGAGUUUUCAGUCAGCUUCUCUUUCAACAGAUUUUUUUUAAGAGCAUCAUUAUCCCUAUAUCUUAGGAGAUCUCUUAACACAAAUUGUGAUUAAAAAGAAAAAGAAAAAAGACAAUUAAAGGAAGAGACGUCUCCUAAUUUGGGACUAGAAGGAACAUCCCUUAGAGGACACUUGGCAGAAGGCGAUUGACUUGUGCUCUAAUGAGAAGGGAAAGAAGAGAACGAAAGGUCGACAAUGAUGGCGAUGGAGAGUUUAGGAAUGCAGUUGGAUCGUGGGGAUGGUGCUUUCGCAGAAGAUUCAUGGAGCAUUCAAAGGUGCAGUGGAGAGGAUGACUGGUCCUCGAACGGUCUCAGAUUUCAAGGAGAAGGGAGUUCUCAGUGUCAGCGAGUUCAUUCUCGCCGAUGAUAAUCUCGUCUCCAAGUACCCUACCUGGUCAUGGCUAGUUCCAAUUUCAAUACCCACUUGUUAGAUUUCACCAAUCAUGGAAGCUGGUGAUCCAAGCAAUAGAAAGCCAUACUUGCCUUCACAGAAACAGUUUUUGAUUACUAAGAAUGAUCAAGAUCUGUCACCUAUACAUCUUUCAAGAUAUGUGUGUGUUCGCCUGAAUCUAAAGGUUUAACCUUUGGUUGAAGUUCGUGAAGACCUUUAGGGAGAUGCCAAAUUAGAGACAGACAGAGAGAGAUGGCGAGACAAGCGGGGAAACAGAACUGUGGGAGGCUUGUGUUAGUGUCAUGCCUCGCGCUUUUAGCAGUGGGACUUGUUGCCGACUUCCUUUGGGCUUCUUCUCAUCGCUUCUCCCCUGCCGGUACUUAUCUACCUUCCUCAUUUACCACCAUCAUCGGACAACUCCCUCCUGAAUCCAAUGAGAAAGAUACUAAGCAGAAGGAGGAGGAUAAAGCUGAGGAAAGGAAGCUUUCUGCAACGUUUCAAGAUUUGGAUGCUCCUCAACUACAAUGGGAGAAGAUGGCAGCUGCACCCGUCCCUCGUCUUGAUGGAGCUGCUAUUCAGAUUAUGAAUCUUCUCUAUGUCUUUUCUGGUUACGGCAACAUUAAUCUUGUGCGUUCUCAUGUUGAUGUAUACAAUUUUGUGGAUAAUAAAUGGGGAGGGAGAUUUGAUAUGCCUAAAGAGAUGGCACAUUCUCAUUUAGGGAUGGUAACUGAUGGGCGGUUCAUGGGAAAUCGGCCAAUUCCUACAUCAACAAGGGUCAACGGUCCCGAUCAGUACAUAAACAUGUUACCUGUGCGAAAACAUACAUCAACUAGUACAAAAUUUAAUUUGCAUACAUGAACUUUCAAAAUUUGGUUUUAUUAUACAUUGACAUAAUUUCCGUUAGUCAAACGUUGAGUUGUCGUUAACCAGUAAUAGAAAAUCGGCUAAUUCCUACA